AUACCACCAUAGGUUUAGAUGCUGCUGACUACAGAAGAAGAGCAGUUGUGAUAUUAAUCACUAUUGUCUCACCAUAAGAUUACAGCAUCAUGAUGAGAACUGAUCACAUCCUUCUGCUCUGCAUCUUGGGAGCUGCACUGCUUUCCUCUGUCAACUGCAAGAGUGAAAUCGGUCCCGAAGACUGCUGUUUCAAAUUCUACCCGAGAAGAGUGAACAAAAAACUAAUUCGUUCAUAUUACCUGACUGAUGAUCGCUGCCCCAAGACUGGAGUCAUUCUGAUCACACAGAAGUCUCGUCACAUCUGUGCAGAUCCGACUCUCUCCUGGGUUGAGAGCAUCAUGAGGAACGUAGACGAAACCUCCUUUUAAACUGACUGCCUGCUCUUUCACUUUUCUGAUGCUUUUGGCUCUUUAUCACAUCACAUAACCCACCCUAACCCUAUGACAUGCAUGUUGCAAUGUGGUCUUGAUCUUGUACUAAUGUGCAAAUCUGUUAUAAGUAAAGACUGAGUCUCCAAAUUGAGUUAUUUUAACCCUGAAUAGGCACCCUGACCAAUUUGUCCUUAGCAAUGUCUUUUGGAUGCUUUGUAUUAUCCAAAAUAAAGCUUGUACAAACAGUGUAAAA